GCGGUUGAAAAUGGUAUGCAAAAUAUCAUUUUUGGACGAAAUUCAUCAUUAAUGACAAGAUAUGCUAGUUAAUGAAAGAUUAAGAACAAAUACGAUAUUCAUACGAAGAUGAUUUUGAUACAUGUACAUUCUACAAAAUUGUUAGAACUAUCUAAAAACUUAAACGGUAAUAAAAGAGGUAUUUCCAUUAAAAGAAAAAACAUGACAUUGAUGCCAUAUAAAGCACAAACUGCUAUCUAAAAGUUGAUUAUUUAUAUUUUGAACUUGUGCAGAUGUAUUGAACUUUGAAGAGGAUUCGUGUUCCGGCCCAUACGGUGAAAGCAGCACCAGAACCAAGUGUGGAAAAUCGAGUGACUAUUAGAUACAGACCUCCAAAAAACAUCGUUUCGCGAUUAGAUUUGGUGUCUUUAAAAAAGAGAGGAAAAAAAAAGAAAAAGCCAGGCAUAGCUUGAAAAGUAUUCAUGUUCCAGAGGAAGACAUAGUCAAGCUCUCCGAAAGUAAGAAUAUUGUCAUUUGCUUUUCGACAAUUAUAAUUCAAUAAGUAAAAAAGUUGAAGGAAACAGUAAUUUUAUCUAAAAGAUUUGGAGUGGAGGAAGAAGAUAAAAGGCAUGCCAAAAGUUACGGAAAUUUGAAAAGAAAAAUAGAGCUUCAGCCUUCCAACUUUUUUUAACCACCCUACUUACUCCUCCUCAACCUACCUACCCCAGCCCCAGGCUGUACAAAUAAAGAAUUCCUGAAUUGUAGGAGACCCUGUCUCUUAUGUUUCAUCAGGACAUGAUCUGGGUGAAUUCUUACCAUCCAAAUAUGCACAGAAAUGAAUUUAUCUCAUAUGGUACCAAAGAAAGGAACAUUGAUCAGACAAUUAUGUUCCAAGAAUCCUGAUAUAUGCUAGGCAUGCAUUAAAUUCCUAGAAUUCAACAAUGGAGAAGUCCAUUUGACAUCACCUGCUGACCAUUUUCUUCCCUCAUUUUCCUCAAUUUCAUUGGAUUAACAGCAGAAUUCGUCGAAUUUAAAUAGAAAAUGGAUCUUUUCAAGAGAGCCAAGACAAUCCGACUGCGCAGCUACAAGGACAAAUACCUAAUAGCCGAAGAUGAUCAAGAAUCUGUCUGCCAACAUCGUGAUGGAACAACAAAUAAUGCACUCUGGACCGUUGAACUCGUUCAAGGAAGAGACCUUUUGCGCAUCAGAAGCUGUUACGGAAGAUACCUCACAGCCUCAAACGUCCCAUUUCUUCCCGGGGUUACAGGAAAAAAAGUCAUCCAAACCUUGCCGAGUAAAUUUGAUCCAGCCACCGAAUGGGAACCUUUGAGGGAUGGCAUGCAAGUCCGGCUUAGAACAUUGUGGGGCGACUUUUUACGCCCAAAUGGCGGCCUUCCCCCAUGGAGGAACUCUGUCACGCACGAUAUUCCUCAUUGGCACAAAUCCUACAACAAGAUCUUGUGGGAUGUUGAGGUGGUCGAGACCUUCCCAGUACUUCAUCGUACACGAUCAGAUUCUGCAUUCUUCAGAUCAAGAUCUUCAGCUUCUUCCAAAACCAAAGCAGACAAAUUCAUGAGUAUCCGUUAGAACAACCAUAACGGUUGAAGUUCUCCAAAUACAUUGUAUAAUAUGCAUAUUGAAAUUGGUCUUUGAAAAUCAGCAGCACAUAGAUUUCUCCCAAUUCUGGGAUUACAUUAUCUUUGCCUGAUGUCUUAUUAGGACCAAUUUAAGAAAGCUAAACGUUCACUGGUAUCAGUUUUUGGUAAGAUCACAAGACUAGUGGAGAAGGCGAAUUGCAUGUCUGUUUGUUGGUGUUAAGAAAUAUAGGAUUAUUUAUUAUUAUUAA